AGAGAGUCCAGACACACAGACAUCUGGAUUUUCAUCAACACACUUCAGCAGAAAUCUGACAAUGAAGCUGGUAUCAGUCGUCUUCCUCCUCCUGGCUCCUCUGUUGAGCAGCUGCAAGCCCCUCGUCCUCCCACUGGACUGCAGUGACAUCUAUAACCAUGCUAACCGCCAACCCAGUGGAGUGUACACCAUCUAUCCCAUCGGAGCCACCUCUGCUGUCCAGGUGUACUGUGACAUGGAGUCACUAGGAGGACGGUGGACGGUGUUCCAGAGGAGGAUGGACGGCACCGUGAACUUCUACAGGGGCUGGGAUCAGUACAAGAUGGGCUUUGGUAGCGCUGCUGGAGAGUACUGGCUCGGUCUUGAGACUCUCUUCCACCUGACUCUGAGGAAGAAGUACGAGCUGCUGGUCGACAUGGAGGACUUCAGUGGAAACAAAGCGUUCGCUCGUUACUCCUCGUUCUCCAUCGACCCAGAGUCCUACGGAUACAGACUGCAUGUAUCUGGAUUCAUUAAUGGAGGGGCAGGAGACUCUUUGAGUUAUCACAAUGGACAGAAGUUCACCACCUUCGACAAAGACCAGGACCCCUAUUCCGGCAACUGUGCCAAAUUACGUCUGGGAGCGUUCUGGUACAACAGCUGUCACUAUGCAAACCCCAACGGGGUUUAUCGUUGGGGGGCUGACGGCACUGUCUCUUAUGUUGGAGUGGAGUGGUACCAUUGGAAAACUUGGAACUACUCCCUGAAGACCAUCAGCAUGAAGAUCCGUCCUGUGCAGUAGUUCUCCAGGACCAACGUACAGCAGAAUAUCAGCAGUUGAUCUCUCUCACUUAUCUAGAACAUAAUCUGACAUGAUGUUUAGAUGGAAACAGACACAUAGAGUCUGAUAACAUGUUGAUAACUGCAUUAACUGCCAACACAAUUAAUAGCAAAGCAAAAACACUUCUGCUUUAGAAGAAUAAAAGCAUGUAUUUUCAAAAUAAAAGCUUCUUAAGAAAAGCAAGUCAACAUGUUUAAUGUACGUCAAUAGUUGACAUGAAUAUUUCCAUCUAAAGUAAAAGUCAAACUAACUAGUUUCAACACAACGUUUGGUGGAGGUUUGAAACCCUAAUGUGAAUCAUUAUCUGCUGUACGCUGACAAUAAAUGAGAAGCUGAGCAUGAA